UGCACUUUUCUUUCCUUUCUUCUGUUGGAGCUCCACUGAGGUUCCGGCGAAUCAGCACCGAAAACCGGCAUUUUACUAUAAAAAAAAUUGCUUAUCUUUUGUGGAAAAAGUAUUUUCUCUAAGUUUGUGAUUCUCAUUUUACUUCUUUUAGCUUUUAGUUCCCCAACUUCUCGGCGUAAACAUCAAAUGUGAGGUCCAAUCACCAUUUGAUGAAAUUUCUAUGAUGGGACAAGUAGAAUUUUGAAGUUGAAAGAUGCCAUCUCAAAGAAAAAGAAAUCGUAAGCAAAAGAACCAGACACAACUUAAUGAAGAGAAUGAUGGGGAGGUAGUCAGUGUCGAUUGGGCAGGGCUUCCUAAGGGUAUCCUUGAGAUCAUUUUCGAGCAACUAUCUCUAAUUGAUUGUAUCUCUGUUAGCAAUGUUUGCAAGCCUUGGAGAAAAGUUUUUUCGCGGGAACUUUCUUGUUGGGAAAGGCUUGGCUUCCCGUCACUUUUGAUGUCUGGUCAGAAAGAUAGAGAGAAGAGAAUUUGCAUUAGCAUGCUAGAGAAGCGAGCUUGGGAGAUGGAGAUGCCUGAGGCUCGUGGAAAAUAUUGUUGGGGAUCAUUUCAAGAUUGGUUGAUUCUAGUGGAUGAUGUAGAAUGUUAUUCCCUGAAUAUUAGCUUGUUAAAUCCAUUCACUAGAAGCAAAAUCAACCUUCCAAGAACAUGGGACUUUUACCACAAGAUGGUCCUCUCAGGGCAUCCCUGUCGAGAAAACUGUGUGUGCAUGCUUGUACACAGUCAGCGUCAGGAGCUUGCCUUUUGGGUCCCAGGAGCUCAAUCAUGGCAUGAAUAUAAACUCGUUGGCGACCCAUUUGAGGAUGCUAUCUUUUGCAAUGGAAGCUUCUAUCUUUUGAGCAAGGAUAACAGCAUUUUCCAAAUUGAUACGGCUAGUGUUUCUGCCACCCUUAGAAGGGAUGACUCUUCUGCUUCUGCUGUUGCUUCUGAAUCUGAGAUCAAAACUGAAUUCCAUAAAGUAAUCAUGCCGGAGUCGGAGAACCAUGUAAACGAUGGUGUCUUGAGGUAUCUUGUGGAGUCUUGCGGCGAGAUUUUGCUUGUCUGUAGGCAUUUUAGUACUUUACCAGGUGCUGUACUUGAAACACGGAAUUUCAAAGUCUAUGUACUGGAUAUUGGCCAAAUGUCUUGGAAAAGGGUUGAGAAUUUGGGGGAUCGAAUACUAUUUUUAGGUAAAUGCAGUUCAAGAUCGUUCUCUGCCGUGGAACUCGGGGUCGAGAUAAGAAAUUGCAUCUAUUUCUCCAAUGAUAAUACUGCUCCUUGGUGGAAUGAGUGGCAUUCCAUUCAUCUUAAAGGAAUGUCAGCUCGUCUCGGUUUGGAUAAUUCUGGCAGGAAACAUUGGGGCACUUUCAGUCUUGGUAAUAGAAACAAUAUACACUUCUGCUUCCGGGGCGAUCGAGAUAACUGGGGUCCUAUCUGGUUCACCGCACCUCUAUGGUGGUACUGUAACAAUUUUCUUAUCAACUGAUAGUAAUUUUGGCUCACGUACACUAAUCUUCGCAGGGUAUCUCUUGAAAUAGAAGCCAAUGCACUACUGCGCAUUAUUAGCCUGACUCGAAAAGGGGGAGCUUGUUUCAGAUUCGGAGCUAAACUAUGCCACCAUGGACAAACAAGUUAGGCGUACGGGAUAGUUGGUUUUGCACUUGGCAUAGUUUGGCCCUUUAUAUUUUGAAUUGGGAUUUUAGAGCUCUCAUUUUUUGAGGUUUUGCUUGUAUAGGCUUAAUCCAGAUCCUUUGACUUUUGACUGUUUGCAGAAUUUCUUAUAUUUUUCCUUGUCCCUUAAUGUCUUCAGUUGUGUGUGUGUGUUCCAUGUGUAUGACCGGGAAAAAAAAAAAAAAAAAAAAAGGCGUAGCUCUUCUUCCCCUUUCCUUUUGGUGUGACGGAACUUGCACUACGUAGUUGUGGUAGUAAAGUCCGCAAUAAUAGGCUGAAUUGACCUUUUUUGUGGACCAGAAGAACUAUUUGCUAUCUGUUGAAUUAGAAGAAUACUACUUUUAGAAAAUUGACAUUCGAAUA